AUGCCAGAGAGGCUGGUGGCCCAUUUGAAGAAUAAUCUGGUGGACCUCUUGGCCUUUGACGGGGGGGACUUCCAAGAUUGGAAUGUUGCCAGCCACAGCUCUAAUGGCCAACCUCGACCCCGGACUGGGAAAAUGGCUGCCAAGGAUGGAGCACUUCUUCGGCCAGCAAUGGAAGGAUCAAGGCGUCUACCACUUGAUCAAGCUAUUCGAUCGGCCACUCGUCAUGGACCGGUCGCUCUUGGCCGCGGCCCUAUGCUUCUGGUCGUCGGCCACAAAUACCAUGAACCUUCGGUUUGGCAUGAUGACGCCGACCGUUCUAGACAUGGCCGCCCUAUUCGGCCUCUCCCCCAUUGGCGUGGAAGUAAAUUCCGCUCUGGUGGCCCCUGA